AUGUCAGCUCUUCUUUCCUUGGCAUUGCUUGUAAGCAAUGCUGCGGCCGCCAUCAUUAUCGGAUUCGGCACCAGCACCCAGCCAAGCUUCCUCGAUCACUACGGUGGCCUUACCAAACCCGCCGCCAGGGACAUGACAGACAAGGAAGUCCUGAUUCAACGGAGCAAAGGGGACAUAUCUGCAACGUACCGAAAGACUUCACCCGGUUCAACGCACUACGUCUACGUCUCAUACAUCACCUCCCAAAUAACCGAGAAUUGGUACAAAGAGCAGGUUGGAGCGAAAGAAGGAGACGCCAAGGGUCGCGAGUCUGCAGGCAAUACGGUGGCCCGCACUGACGCAGCUACGUUCGCAUACUGGGGUCCCUGGUCUUGGAAACACGUUCGGGGGUGGUACACGGUUGAACCCAACAGCAGCAAGGACGUGUGGCAUAGGAACCCGGGCUACACAGGGCCGGAUUUCUCCGAAGAGCAGCCCGAGGCUUUAAGUCCUGCGGGGGAGCGCAGCCCAAAGAAGGGGGCGGAAUAG